ACAGUGUACUAGACGCAGAACGCAGCGCAGACGCAGACGGACGAAAGUCAAACAACGCUGUUUUGGUUUGGCGUGACUGACAUUAUUUAUGUGUCUGAAGCGUCGGCCGCUUUGAAACCUCAUCUGUGCCGCUGCGUUCAUCGCCAAUUUUGAGCUUAAAGAUGAAUCCCCCGAACGGUCAGGUCAAAGCCGUGGGAAGAGGGAGAGGGGCUUUUCGUGAGCAAACCACCGAGCUUCGCCGACCCCAAGGAACACUAUCUCCACCCUCUGAACCAUCAAGUUCUGAUAACGACACCAGUAAGGACGAAGUGUCAGAUGUCCUGGCAGUUGCCAUGAAAUCAAACCUCUCUGUCCAUGCGAAAGAGUUUCGUUCAAAUCUUUCUGUGGAUGCCAAGGAAUUUGUGCCCAAGUUUGGUGCGUCUUCAGCUCCCAGCUACUCUCAGAAUUAUGAAGAGACUAAUGCUUUCUAUGAUGACUAUGGGCAGGCUGAAGAAGAAGGGUCUGAUGUAUCACCAGAAGAGUGGGCUAUACUCCAAUUAAAUGAAGUGAUCAAAAUGUUAACUUGCGACCCUGGCAAAUUUGAUCAAUUAGCCAAGCCACUAGUUGAUGAUCUUACCCCAAUGUUAGCUGUGGAAGAAAUAGUAGAAAAUGCUGCCACGCUUAUCAUCGACCAGGCAAUUACUGAACCUAAUUUUAGAUAUAGCGGAGCAAGGCUAUGCAAGUUAUUAAGCAAAGUUCGCGUCAAGAAAACAAUAAGUCAUUCUUUUCGGAGCAUCCUGUUAAAUAAGUUAGGUGAAGAGCAUGACAGAAUCGAAAGCAAUUUGGUUAGGAAACCUGACCAGGUAUAUGGUUUCAUUCAAUUCCUAGCCGAAUUAUACAUCCAGCUAGAGUUAGAAACUAACCAAAGAAUAAGUAUUUUGGGUGAUAGCUUGUUAAUGGCGCUGAAGAUUCUUAUCCAAGUGCCUAAUGUCGAUAACAUUAAAAACGCAUGUAAUAUUCUCAAGCUUACUGGAAGAAUGUUAGAAGCUGACCAGUCAGACAUGAAUAGCUUUUUCUCUGAUUUACAAAAACUACUGGAUGAUGAAAAUACACCAACAAGAGCAAAAAAUAUGUUAAGCCACAUUUUAAAAUUACGCAAAGAAAUGUGGGGUCAUGCAGUAAGUGUGGAAAGUAUUCCAUCAGCCUUAGCGGAAAGUGAACAGCAGGCAAGUGAUGGUGUUUAUUAUGGACCAGACCACCGAGCUCUCACUGCUGAGGAAAUCACAUUUUUGAACGAAAGUUGUGGACGUGAGGAGACUGUUUCUGUAGGGGAUGACUCAACUGUAUGGGACCCACAUGUUAAUGAAGAUGAAAACGCUGAGAUAAUGGCAGCAUUUAAUGAGUUUGUUAAUCAGAAACCUCGCCAUUGAUUUUAAGCAUGUUGAGUCUGCAGCCAUAACUCCAGGGCGGGAAAAAAAUCAGACAGCCAUAUUUAUGUUGUUAAAAAAAAUGAUAAAAAUUGAUCCCUUGAGCAAAAAAAAGAUAAAUUUCCAAUUUAUGACAACCACUCAUGGCAAAGACUAAAUCAAUUAAUUAUCAGUCAUGUGUUGCUUGUUUGACUAUUUCUUGUGAAAUUUCACCAAAUCGAAUUGUUGGCUGUGAACAAGUUGUAAAAAGCUGUCUACAGGAAUUGUUUGUUUAUUAUACUAUGGUUAAGUUAAAUUUAUGUGUUUAAAAUGUUGAACUAUGUAAUGAAUGAGUUAUGUAUAAUCAAUUUAAUUUAAUGUUUACACAAAGGUUGCCACAUGACAUGAGGAGCCUUGUCUCGCUUACCUGCUUAUAAAUUUAAGUUUGCUUUUAUGAAAUACUAUCAUUUAGGUUAGUAUUUAAGUGACAUUUUCUAUCUUUCCUUUGAGAUUGUCUUAUUUGUGUGCAUUAGGUGUUGGCCAUAAUGUAUUUGUGCUCUCAUUUACUAUUAGUCAUUCAGUUUAUUAUUUGUAGUACUGAUUAGGAUUUGUUAAGCUACAAGUUAUGUUUUUUUUUUCUCUUUUUCAUUUUAUCCUUCAAUUAUUUUAAAUGUUUUAUGUUUUCAAUAUUGCAUAAUACUUGAUUAGAUGUAAGUACAAUCAUAUAUGAGAAUAAAAUUUAUUUAUUUAGCUA